AUGAUCAUAUUGGCUUUACUUAUUCUAUGCUAUUCCCCUCGUCCCUUGAUGACUCGACUUUUGGAACCAGGAAAUUCAAAGAUUGAUGCCCAUUUGGUGGAAAGUGUUUUGUCGGAUGUAGUCGAGCACUCGAUGAGCGAUUUGACCGAGAAAUUGAGAACCGCUCUCCGGCAUAUCCUUUUCCCCGACGAGCAGCUUCAUGCACGGAGACAGAUUACGCAAGAAGAGGAACAACUCGUCGCCACGUUUAUCAAUCAAUUGAUGGAACAACGACAUUUGAGUGCUCCGAAUAUUCAACGCUUUUCGACGAGAGUCAACUCGAAUCCGAUUCGAGUUGUAGAGCAGUUGAAGGCCACCCAACUCUCCGAUGAUCCUCUCGAGCUUUCGAAGUCUAAAGAGAAUCCAACCAAAAAUCCUCGUGAAGAGAAAAGAAAUGGAGAUCAAAACGGUCUUCUCAACUCGAUUCAUUUACCCAUCGAUCCGCCGAGAUUCUCCCCAAAAUCCCAGAAAAUCUCCGUCGCUUUGGAGACAGUAACCACGAAAACUCCGACAAAAAUCAUCACCGUUGAUGAGUUGCGUUUCGCUGAUGAGGCAUUGCAUGAUGAUGACACUCCCGAACCUCCAUCUCUAUUCCUAUCAGCCUCCCGUCUUCCCAUUUGGAUCUGCGUUUUCCUUUCGAUAUCUCUCGUUUUUGCGAGCACCGCUUGUGGAGUGGCAGUGAUCCGUUUGUGGCGAUCGAAACGGCGAGAGAACAAAAUGAGAGCUCGAUCGCUUCACCGUUUCCCCGAUCCGCUCACGAUUUCGGGCUUCACUUGUGUCCCUGGUUGCGACAACGGGCCCGGCACGUUUCUUGAGCGAAUGAAAGUGAUGAAUCGGGUGAAUCGAGCCCCGAGCACUUGCCGAGAACGGGAGGAUGAAACGAUUUGGAGAACGGCGAACUCGUUGAGAAGUCGACAAAUU